GUACUUCCGCCCCCAUUCGCGCAUGCGCUUUCUAAACCAUUCUGUUUUAGUCGGGGUUUUUUCCUCACCAAGUACUUCGUUAAAUUUGAAAGUUGAUUCUUUACUACAAAUUUUCGCUUAUCAACAAUAAGUUAUGCGGGCGCUGUGGUUAGUUGCGGUUGCGGCGCUGUCUCUGAGUCCCGCCGCAGUGAACGGAGCCGACAAGAAAAAGCUGCAGAUUGGCAUCAAGAAGCGCGUGGACAACUGCCCCAUCAAGUCCCGAAAGGGAGACGUGCUGAACAUGCACUACACCGGAAAACUGGAGGACGGCACCGAGUUCGACAGCAGCAUUCCCCGCGACAGACCCUUCACCUUCACCCUGGGCACCGGGCAAGUGAUCAAAGGCUGGGACCAGGGCCUGCUGGGGAUGUGCGAGGGGGAAAAGAGGAAGCUGGUCAUCCCCGCCGAGCUGGGCUACGGAGACCGGGGAGCUCCUCCGAAGAUUCCCGGGGGAGCAACGCUCAUCUUUGAGGUGGAGCUGCUCAGCAUCGAGAGGAGAUCUGAGCUUUGAUGACGAGAAGGAAGGGAACUUUGACAGGAUGUAGCAGGUGCUGCUGUUGCAUUAAGGAGACCAUGAUGGAAACUGACAUACAAGUCAAGACUUCUCAGCAGAACCACAACUCUUUAUUAUGAGCUGAUCAUGUUUUGGACUUGCUAUGUAGCAAACUGUCAGCCAGCAGCUGGGUUCAUCUUUUCUAAAGAACUGUCCUGCUUUUGAGCAACGUUAUUCUUAAUUUCUUAUUUCUUUGAUGCAAACUCUAAUACAUUUCUGAUUUGUUUAGGUAGUUAAAUUUACAUUAAAUCAAUGAAAGUGAAUCAGUGGAACAGAUUAGGGGGGAACAUUUGUGUUCACUUUGUUCCAAAAAAUAAAAUGCCACCCUGUGUUUAAA